AUGCCUACCCCUACGGACCGAGCUGCGGGCUCGAAGAAACGAAAGCAAGUUAAAGAAAGCGGUGUCCCGUCGUCCAAGCGCCGAGCAGUCACCGGAAAUGAAGGCGAAGAUGCGAUGGCUAAGGUCCUAGAGCUGGAGGAGCAGAUUUCUGAGUCGCGAAAGUAUUACAACAACAUCGCAACAUUGAUUUCGAUGCUUGGUGUUGGCGAAUCCAGCGUGAAACCAAAUCUGGCCGUGGCGGUAUCCCUCUGUCGAGUAUUCAGCAGAUUGAUUGUUGGUGGAAAUUUGACGGACACAAACCGGGCAGCGGAGAAUGAGAAGAUAAUUGUGGCUUGGUUGAAAGAAAGAUGUUCGGAGUACCAGAAGGCGAUGAUCACUGUUAUGCGUGAGGGUGAUGCUUCCUCUCAGCAGGUUACGGCCCUCACCCUAUGCAUGCGCCUUGUCAAUGAACGUGCGACACAUAUCCCCGGUGCCGAUAUCCAAGUUUGGUCGUCCGGAUUGUUCAAAAAUGUUUUUGAGGCCGUCGUGGAGGCUCGUAAUGGACAGGCACUGCAGUCCGAGUUUCUCGAGAAGUUCGCAAAGGCAUACGAAGACGUGAGAUAUUAUACCUUCAUGCAGCUUGCUGACUACGCAUCAACGACAAGAAGCACGGAAAUCCUCGAAACAUUAAUAUCCAUCCUCUCGGAAUGCGACUCUGUGCCUGGAGCCCAACACAAGUUUGAAAACUUCUUUUCAAAGACUAGCAAAAACAGCAAGAAGGUGGUCUCAGUCAACUCUCACAAGAAGCGAGCGCAGGAUGCAUGGUUGUCCGUUCUUCGAAGCAACCUCUCGCAAUCUCAGCGGAAAGCCCUGCUGCGCAUCAUGGUCCACAGCAUUGAGCCAUGGUUCAACCGGCCCGAACUGCUCAUGGACUUCUUAACGGACUCUUACAAUGUCGGAGGCGCCACAUCGCUUCUCGCCUUAUCCGGUCUCUUCUACCUCAUCCAGGAAAAGAACCUGGACUACCCCCAGUUCUACCAGAAGCUUUACUCUCUCCUAGACGCCGACCUCUUACAUUCGAAACACCGGUCUCGAUUCUUCCGCUUGAUGAACACCUUCCUCGCCUCUACCCAUCUUCCCGCCACCCUCAUCGCCAGCUUCAUCAAACGACUUUCUCGUCUCGCACUCAAUGCGCCCCCCGCCGCUAUCGUGGCCAUAGUCCCCUUCGCAUACAACCUCUUCAAGAGCCACCCAACAUGUACCUUCAUGCUUCACCGUGUCGUCUACGACAAGGAAUUCAAGGCAGACCUCGAAGCUGAGGGUAUGGACGAUCCGUUUGACCCCGAGGAGGCGGACCCCACUCUCACAGAUGCCAUCGAGAGCAGUUUAUGGGAAAUUGAAACGCUCCAGUCUCACUAUCACCCCAACGUUGCUGCCAUCGCUCGUAUCAUAUCGGAGCAAUUCACAAAGCAAGCAUAUAGCUUAGAAGACUUCCUCGACUAUACGUACCAGGGCAUGUUGCAGGGUGAACUUGGUACCGAGGACAAGCCGAUCAAAAGAACUCCGGUGGUGGAAUACCAGAUACCCAAGCGAAUAUUCACCGACCGAGGUCUGGAAGAGGAUGGUGGCCAGGAUACGGCUCCUGGCAGUCUCAUAAGAGGGUUAUGGGACUUUGCGUGA